UUUUAUAUGUAACCUAAAAAUCUAAAUUACCUCCCAAAAAUAAUUACAAUAAAUAAAUAAAAUAAAUACGUACCUUGUAAAUUAUAAAUAAAAUAUUUUCUUACAAUAAUAAUAAAUAUAUAAACUAUAGAAAUUAACUAAAUAAUGUUUUAUAAAAAAAUAAAUAAAGUGUUGAGCUGAGGGUUAGCCGGUAAAUAAUAUUUUUUAAAAUUCGAUUUUGUAGUUUUGUAAUUAAAAUAAUAAACAAAUUUGUUAUUUAAAUUUUUAAAUAAUUAUGGAAAAUGUACUGUCAGAAUUCAGUCCCCAACAAUUGUUCAAUAAAGUUCUUUCAGAGAGAUUGAAAAUAAAUAACGAGCAAAUAAAAACAUGGAACGAUUACAAGAAACGUCACGAAAAAGUAAUCGAAGGAUUGGAAAUUUUACCCGGAGAAUUAUCACCGAAUUGUAUGGUACCAAUCGGGAAACGGGCACUGAUGCAGGGAAAAUUAACUCACACCAAUGAAAUAAUGGUUUGUCUUGGCGAUGGUUACUUCGCCAAGUACACUUCCGCUCAAGCAAUCGCUCUGUGCAAUCGUAGAAUUAAAAAAGCCGAUGAAAUGCUGGAGAAUUUGAACAAAGAGCGUAAUUUGUAUGAAAUGCGUAAAAUGAUUCCCGAUUGCUUUGAUAUAUUUAAUAAUGACGAUAAGCGAGAGUUUAAUGAGCAUUGGGACGAUAAGAAACUUGACGAGUGGAGGCGCGAACACAGACAACGUGAGAAAGACUUCAGACAAAAAUUACGCGAGUCGAAGAAAGAUAAAGUUGAAAUAAAAACAGAGGAUGACUUAUUCAAGAGACUUGAUGCCUUAGAACUUCAGGAAGAACUAGAAGAUGAACUGAAUAGAUUAGAAGAAGAAGAUGACGGUAACGCAUUAGAAGACGAUGAGUAUUACGAUGAAUCAGAAGUUGAUUCAGAAUCUUAUUCUUCAGAUUAUUCAGAGGAAGCGACAAAUGAAAUCCACGAAAAAAAAUCAUCUAAAGUAAAUUAUCGGUUGCAAGUAUUAAAUAAUGUAAAUACGGGUAAAUUAAAUACUUAUGGUACUGAGGACAAAGAACAGGAGAGCCGCAGUAACGACUGUCGGUCAGAUGCUCGCUCGGAAGAAAAUCACAUGGCGACUGAUGCUCAGGAAAUAAGUAGUACAAGUAAAGAUUUAAAUUUAUUAGCGGAAUCAAAAAGCGUAGAUGCUGAAGAUGCUAAAAAGCCAGACAAGGUCAAGGUUAAGGAGAAGAAAGUCGCGUUCGCGGAGCCCCAGGUUAAAUAUUUCAGCAACGAAGAAGAGAUGGAGGUGAGCACGGACAAGAGACGGAUUUCGGUUAUCGAACAAAGACUGUACGAAUACUCUAAAGAGGACGAUGACUCCGAGGACGAGAGCGAUGAAGACGAUACCAUCAGAAUUUAUUUCAAACACUCUGAUAGUCUGCCCAGUAUACCAGUGUCCGAAGGGGACGAAAUCGUGACUCCCCGAGAUAUUUACAAGACGAUUCCUGGGCCUAAAUCUAUUCUGAAAAAGACGCCUGAUUUUAAUAAGAAUAGUUGUGAUAAGAAUAGUAUUAAUGAUAAGCAAACUCGGCUGACAAAUGAUCUUGGGGAGAGCGACGAAGACCUCGAGCACGGCUCCGUUUAUAAUAAUGUUGUUAAAGAGAUUAAAGAACAUGUGCCAGAUGAAGUAGUUAAAGUUGAGGAGGUCGCUGUUAAACCUGUUGAAGAGCCAAGGCAGACAAAACCAGUUAGCAAAUUCAAAUUGGAAAGAGCUGGACUCAGGAAAUAAUGAUCAUCAUUUUAAUUACGGGUAUUGGAUCUGUUUCUCUAUCGAUUUUACUGAAAAUAAACAGACUUUUUUUCCCGACUGUUUCAGAAUUUUUUAAAAAUUAAUUUUUUUUUUGUCUGAAUGCCAUCACAUUUGUGGUAAAUCAAAUUUUCUAUUUCUGAGUGCAAUCAGAGUUUGCAGGGAAGUCUACAGUUUCCUUGGCGCCGCUAAAUGAUUGCGAAUUCUUGUCGAACUCGACGAAAUGACUUUUUUUCAAAUAGCUGUAACUUCUUCAAAAAUUGACUAAUUCAGACGUUUUUUUUUUUCAAAAUUUUCCUCUUUGAAUCGACUUUCUGAAUAAAAAUAUUAAAAAAAUUAAAGGUGUCAAAAUCUAUGAAAUUUUUUUGAUAAAAAAUCGAAUUUUUUUCAAAAAUUAAGCGAUAUAGAAAAAUUUUUGACCAGUGAUUAAAUUAUAAAGACGGAAAAAAAUAUUUAUAAGUCCGAAUUUAAAUGAAUAAUUAUGCUGACUGUUACAUAUAUUAAUUAAUAAGCUAAAGAAAUUUUUUUUUAUCAGAGUAAUUAAAUUUUUCUUGGGCAUACUAAAGUAUUUGCUUAGCCCACUUGUUAAAUAUUGGCUCUUUACUUGAAUACUCAUUUAUUUUGUUAACUGGCGUUGUUUGAAGCCCAGUAUUUGAGGAGAUUACCAAGUUAGCGUAGUGAAUUAACUGGGAUUUUCAAAACUCAAUAGUUGGAAUACGAUUGUACCGCAAAAGAAAACGUUUAAAGUUUAUUAAUCCAACACUGCCUUGUUAUUGAUAGAGAUUUUCAGUAAAAUCGCUUCUGACAGAUUCGAAACUCCUCAUUAUAUAAAUAAAUUGAAUUUAUUGACUACAUUUAUGAGAUUGUAUAUUUUAUUUUUUUUCUUCUUUAUUAUUUAAGAUAAUUAUAUUUUUAUUACAGCAACUUUUAAAUAUAAAAUAAAAUGUUGAUAAA